AUGAACGGCGCUAAUCAGCAGGCAAAGCUGCCGAUGUCUCACACAUUAUGGUCUCCUGCUGAUACCGUACGAGAUGCUGCUGAAUCGUUGGGUAUCACCACUCUUGGAGAUGAGGUUGCCAAGAACCUAGCCAUGGAUGUUGAGUAUCGAGUCCACGAAAUUCUGGACCAGGCCAUCAAAUUCAUGCGCCACGGAAAGAGAAGAACACUGACUGUUUCGGACGUUGAUCGUGCGAUGAAAGUGCUAAACCUAGAACCGCUGUAUGGAUAUGACGUCUCAAGACCGCUGGUGUUCAAAGAAGCCAUCGUUGGUCCUGGCCAGAACUUAUAUUACGUUCAUGAUGACGAGGUGGAUUUUGAAAAGCUCAUAAAUCAGCCGCUGCCUAAAGUUCCACGUUACACCACAUUCACAGCUCAUUGGCUGGCCAUAGAGGGCGUCCAGCCAACCAUUCCACAGAACCCAACGCCAGCCGAGGUCAGGUCCGUACCUGCUCUGCAGAAAGCCUCCACAGACAAUAUUCUUGCAAUAGACGGAGGUGCUAGUGGUAGUGAUCCAACUGCGAGAGCUUCUAGUGCUAAAAAAGACAUGGAAAUCAAGCCAUUAGUGAAACACAUGUUGUCCAAGGAGCUCCAGUUAUACUUCGAUAAGGCGAUUACGGCUCUUCUGGAUGAUACCGACGAAAGCCUCAAGAAUGCAGCACUGGACUCUAUUAGAUCGGAUCCUGGUCUCCACCAGCUUGUGCCUUAUUUCAUUCAAUUUGUCGCCGAGACCUUGACUCACAACCUGAAAAACAUCAAUCUCUUGACGACAAUGCUGCUUGUGAUCUACUCGCUUCUCAUGAACAAAUCCAUAUUCCUGGAUCCAUACAUUCACGCGUUGAUGCCCUGUAUUCUGACAUUACUGCUGGCCAAAAAGAUUGGUCCUCAAGGAACUUCUGAAAACGAAGAAGAGGCCAAGCAACACUUCCAGCUGCGUGAUCUCGCAGCCUCGCUACUGGAGAGAAUUAUCAACAAUUACGGGUCGAGCUACUCCACGCUCAAGCCUCGUAUAACGAGAACCUUGCUGCGCGCGUUUUUGAGCUCCAGCACUAUAACCUCUGUUGGAACGCAAUACGGUACCAUCAAAGGAAUCAAGUGUUUGGGACCAGAAGUUAUAAGGGUUGUGAUGAUCGGAAACCUGAAAAAUUGGAGUAAAAAUGUUCUCAGUGGAGAGAGUUUUUCUGCGGAUACGGCAAACCGUGAACUUUUGAUUUCCAAUGUUAUCGAUUGUCUUCGCAUACUCAAAUCCGACGGUGAGCUUACCGAGCCUUCUACCAAGCGUUUGAGGGUAGAUACUGAUCAGGAUGUCGAUAUGGAUGGCGAGUCAGAGACGUUGACGGAAGAGAUGUCUGCAAAACUGACUGAAAGAGUUGGCGAUAUUUUAGCCACGGAAAUCUCCAAACAGGAUGAUUCAGUCGCAAUCUACAAAGGCAUAUUUUUUGGCGAAUCAUAA